AUGAGUUCUUCGUCAAUGUUGAGAAAAGAAAUAACAGGACAUAACGGAAUACUAACGAGAAGGGUUCUAUUCCGCAAUGUUGCCCAAUCAACACAGUAUAGACAAGCUAGGUAUCCGUUAAGUCCGCAAUUACACGGAAACUCUGUCAAUUGGGUUAGACUUCAGUCGACGGUACCACCACCAGUGCUGAAGAAUGACAAAGCAGCUCCAAAGCAGGCGACUGGUUCCGACUCUUCAAAAGCUCAUUCAGCAGUGGAGAAUAAAAAGAUACAAGAGGAAGAGAAACAAAUGGACACCAAGGCGCUUGAGAAAUUGGAAAAUUCUCCAACAAAUGAACUUGUACAAAAGGAGGAGUCUAAAGACAAACCAAAACCUUCACUUUGGGAAAAAAUCAAGCAUGAAGCGCAGCACUAUUGGCUGGGAACCAAGUUGUUGGGUUACGAGAUCAAGGUGUCCACGAAAUUAUUAACAAAAUUAAUUGCGGGAUACGGAUUGAGUCGAAGAGAAGCUAACCAAUUACAAAGAACUAUUGUUGAUGUUGUGAGGUUGGUUCCGUUUGCAGUGUUUGUUCUUAUCCCUUUUGCUGAACUACUUCUCCCUGUGGCAUUGAAAAUCUUUCCAAAUAUGUUACCCUCAACUUAUGAAUCCAAACAAGAUCGUCAAAAGAAGAGAAAUAAGUUGAAAAAGACGAGAAAUGCCGCAAGUGAAUACAUAAAGCAAACAAUGGAACAAUCUGGAUUGAAGUUAUCGAAAAAGAUUACCGAUUCUGAACGAGAAAACUUUGUGCAAUUCUUCCAUGCCAUAUCGAUGGGUAAGAACCCUACAAGAGAGCAAUUGAUUAAAGUGGCAAGGUUGUUCAAGAAUGAUCAGGUUUUGGAUAACUUGAGCCGUCAUCAAUUGGUUGCCAUGUGCAAGUAUAUGUCGUUGAGACCAUUUGGAACUGAUUCCAUUUUGAGAUAUCAAAUCAGACAUAGAUUAUUGACUAUUAUCAAGGACGAUAAAGCCAUUGAUUUUGAAGGUGUUGAAUCGUUGUCUAUACCGGAAUUGCAAAUGGCAUGUUCGCAAAGAGGUAUCAAGACCAGUGACGUUUCACCUGGUAGAAUGAGAGAAGAUUUGGAAACUUGGUUGGAUUUGCGAUUGAGACAAAAGAUUCCUUCAACUUUGUUGAUUUUGAGUAGUGCUUAUACGUACGGCGACAACCAAACUACCGAAUCAUACUAUGAUGCAUUGUUGGCCGUCUUGUCGUCUAUCCCUGAUGAAGUUUACAAUGUCGCUAAAUUGGAAUUAUCUGAUGAUUCAAAGUUGAAAUUGAAUAUCUUGAAGGAGCAAGAUGAAUUGAUUGAGGAGGAAAACGAGAGAGAGAAGGGUACUGUCAACAAACUUAAGGAUGAUAUCAACUUGGAUGAAUAUGAGGAUACUGCAACCGAAGGUGUGAAUUACGAACAAGACACUGAGGAGAAAGAGCUCGAAGAUGGCAUAAAUAAGGAGUUGGAAAAUGAGGAUACGAAGAAGGAAGUCCACAAUAAAGCAGUCGAAGACCCCACAGCGCCUAUUCGCUCGGAACACGCCAAGGACGAAGAAAUUGAGAAGCACGAAGAAGAGAAAGUUCAAAUGGACAAGAAGCAAAAAGAGGAAACCAACUCGAAGGAGAAAUAG